AUGGUAGAUGUCACUCCCGAUGGACCAGGUGCUCGCGGAAAGCUGGUUUCACCAAAAUGGAAAAAUUUUAAAGGCUUGAAACUUCAGUGGAGAGACAAAAUCCGUCUCAAUAACGCCAUCUGGAGGGCAUGGUACAUGCAGUACCUGGAGAAGCGCAAGAAUCCAGUAUGCCACUUUGUGACUCCCCUGGACGGCUCUGUUGAUGUCGAUGAACAUCGUCGGCCAGAGGCCAUUGCAACAGAAGGGAAAUACUGGAAACGAAGAAUUGAAAUAGUCAUCAGGGAGUACCACAAGUGGAGAACGUACUUCAAGAAAAGGUUACAGAAACAUAGAGAUGAAGAUCUUUCAAGCUUGGUCAGGGACGAUGAUGUGGUUCUCUGGCAAAAAAGAAGGUAUGGCAGAGAAACCCCUGUCCCUAUGGAGGAAGGCAGCCUCUUGGAUGCAGAUAUGCUUAUGUCUGAGUUCACCGACACGUUGUUCUCCACACUGUCUUCACAUCAGCUGGUUUCCUGGCCUAAUUCCAGAGACAUAGGACACUUAGGAAAUGCUGACAUGAUUCAACCAGGACUUAUUCCUCUCCAGCCAAAUUUUGAUUUUAUGGAUACUUUUGAGCCUUUUCAGGAUUUAUUCACACCCAGUCGUUCCAGUAGUUAUUUCCCUUCUGUGUCUACUGUCAACUCAGCUACAACAGAUAGCAGCAGCCAUUCUUCCCAGGUAAGAAUGGUUUCAAUGUUUAAAACAGCCUCGGGUUCAUUGCCCAACACACUUCCAGCAGGGAACACCAGUGAUGGACUGAUUGCAUCCUCAGUACCUGCUCCUGUCAUUCGUGAUGUUGGCAGGCUGGCCAGCAUUAGAAGUGAGGAGUCUUUCAUCCAGCCAUCGGAUUUCACUCCCAACUCAUCUCUUAGUGGACCACAAACGUUUUGUUAACCCCUACCAUUCUGUGUUUCUGUGUUUCAGACACCCUUGCCACUGCUUCAGCCUGCGACAGAGCAGCACGAGUCCCCGUUACCUGCAGUACCUCUGAAUUCCAGCUUAAGCUCUCCACCAGCUGCAUUUGCUGCACCGGAAACCCAGAAGUUUGGCUUCUGUGAAUCUACAGUUAUCACCCACACAGCUUCUGCUACGUUGACCCACAAUGCCCCUGCCACCACCUUCAGCCAGAGUCAGAACCUUGUCCUGGCAACGCAGCAGCCAGGUGCAGGCGUGCCUUGUAACCUGGCUUUCCAGACUGCUGUCCUGCAGGGACAGCCCCGGCCCCAGCUGCAGUCCCAACUGACAUUUGCACUCCCCAAACCUGUUCCUCUGGCCAGUGCUGGGACGAGGCCCAAACAGUCACAAAAAGUAGUGCCUGCUCCGAAGCCUGAAACAGUGUCCUUAUUGUUAAAGAAUGCCUUCAUCACCCCAGCUGCCUUUCAGGGACAGUCCAGAGCUGUGAUUGUAACUCCAGCACCUUUAAAAAGAGAGGGGAUUUUGACGCCAGCCACGUCUCAAUCUAAUGUUGCAAUUGCACCAGCUGGAAUUGUCAGAGCUCCCGGGGUGACGGAGUUCCGUAGUAACAUUCUGGUUGGUCCAGCACAGCGAGCACCAAGUAGUCAACAAACCCAGUCCACAGUCUCACAUCUCUUCUCUCCUAGUGUAGUCCAGGAUGUGUUGGUGAAAGGAGAGCAAAUCCCUUCCCACAGUACCAGUUCACAAGUUCCCUCACCUACACCUAGCCGAGACUGUCAGAAUUCAGGCCAGGCUUCCCCCUGCACCUCUGAGCAGAGCCCCAGUCCACAGUCUUCCCAGAACAGCUGCUCAGGAAAACCUUCCACUGACCCUAAUACGGCUGCAAUUAAGAAUCAAAGAAUGAAGCAUAUUUCAGAACAAAAACGAAGAUUUAAUAUCAAGAAUGGUUUCAGUACUCUGAAGAGCUUGGUUCCAACCAACUCCAAGUUGAUCAGCCAUGCAAUCACGCUCCAGAAAACAGUAGAAUAUAUCGCUAAACUACAGCAGGAAAGAGCACAGAUGCAAGAGGAAACCAGGCGCCUUCGGGAAGAAAUCGAGGAGCUAAACGCUACCAUCAUUUCUUGUCAACAGCAGCUACCUGCUACCGGGGUUGUCAUAACACGGCAAAGACUUGAGCCCAUGAGGAAGAUGUUUGACGAGUAUGUGAGAAGCAGGACCCUGCAGAGCUGGGAGUUUUGGAUUUUCAGCAUUAUUAUUAAGCCACUGUUUGACUCCUUCAAUGGGAUGUUUUGCGCAGCAAGCUUUAAGGAUCUGAAUCAAACUGCAAUGGACUGGUUGGAUCAGCACUGUUCUCUUCCUGUUCUGAGGCCAAGUAAGUCAACUUCUAUCCAGCAGUUACUCCACAUCGUAGGAAGUCAGACCAUAUGUAAUACUAUUUCUUUAAAGUCAGAGGAUGAUAAAGCAAGCACAUGA